ACUUGUAAACAGACUUUAAAAGAGGUUAUGAAAGUCUGUGAUGAAAGCACCGUGGAUGAAAGCAAAAUAUCUUUGAACGAAAGUUAUGUAUGACUGUGAUUCGUGACCGAAAAAGUAUUAAAUGAAAUAAAUCUUAUUAUUUUCUGUGGAAUCUCAUACUACGAUGUCUACAAAAAGGAAACAAGAAUCCCAAGUACCGGCGGAAGAAAGUGACCAGUUAACCAUAAGGCCAUUGGGUGCUGGGCAAGAAGUGGGUCGAUCUUGUAUUAUGCUUGAAUUUAAGGGUAAAAAAAUAAUGCUAGAUUGUGGAAUUCACCCUGGUUUAUCAGGCAUGGAUGCUUUACCGUUUGUUGAUUUGAUUGAAGCUGAUGAAAUUGACCUGCUGCUAAUUUCCCAUUUUCAUCUUGAUCACUGCGGUGCUUUACCCUGGUUUUUACAAAAGACUAGCUUUAAAGGAAGGUGUUUCAUGACUCAUGCAACUAAAGCCAUUUACCGUUGGUUAUUGUCAGAUUACAUAAAAGUUAGCAACAUUGCAACAGAACAAAUGCUUUACACUGAAGCAGACUUGGAAGCCAGCAUGGACAAAAUAGAGACUAUUAAUUUCCAUGAAGAAAAAGACGUAUUGGGGAUCAAGUUUUGGGCCUACAAUGCUGGGCAUGUUUUGGGGGCAGCAAUGUUCAUGAUCGAAAUAGCGGGCGUUAAAAUUUUGUACACAGGCGACUUUUCUCGUCAGGAGGAUCGCCAUUUAAUGGCUGCGGAAAUUCCUACAGUACAUCCAGAUGUUUUAAUUACAGAAUCCACUUAUGGUACUCAUAUCCAUGAAAAAAGAGAAGAAAGAGAAAGUCGCUUUACCAACUUAGUUCAUGAUAUUGUCAACAGAGGCGGUCGUUGUUUGAUACCUGUUUUUGCUUUGGGACGAGCACAGGAAUUACUUUUAAUUUUGGACGAAUAUUGGAGUCAGCAUCCAGAUUUACACGACAUUCCCAUAUAUUAUGCGUCGUCUUUGGCGAAGAAGUGCAUGGCUGUGUAUCAGACAUACAUCAACGCUAUGAAUGAAAAGAUUCGAAGACAAAUCGCCAUUAAUAAUCCGUUUGUUUUUAAGCACAUAUCAAACUUGAAGGGCAUCGACCAUUUCGAAGACAUUGGUCCAUGCGUAAUAAUGGCAUCCCCCGGUAUGAUGCAGAGCGGUCUUUCCAGAGAACUGUUCGAAUCGUGGUGCACGGAUGCGAAAAACGGGGUCAUCAUUGCGGGUUACUGCGUUGAGGGUACCCUCGCAAAGACGAUUUUGUCCGAACCAGAAGAAAUCACGACCAUGGUGGGCCAAAAAUUGCCGCUUAAAAUGUCAGUGGAUUACAUUUCCUUCUCGGCUCACACGGAUUAUCAGCAGACUAGCGAAUUCAUACGAAUCCUAAAACCGCCCCACGUCGUUUUAGUGCACGGCGAACAAAACGAAAUGAGCCGUUUGAAGGCGGCGCUUCAGAGAGAGUACGAAGACGAUCCGAACACCACGAUUUAUCUCCACAAUCCGCGAAAUACACACUGCGUUGAGCUGUAUUUUCGCGGCGAGAAGACUGCCAAAGUAAUGGGAACUUUAGCGGUUGAAGAACCGAAACCGGGGAAUACGUUGUCGGGUGUUUUAGUAAAGAGAAAUUUCAAUUAUCAUUUACUGGCAGCCAACGAUUUACCAAAAUAUACUGACAUGAGUAUGAGUCAAAUCAUGCAAAGGCAAAGCAUCCACUAUUCUGGAAAUAUGGGAGUGCUGCGCCAUUUAAUUACACAAGUUGCUGGGUUGCUAGAGCCUGUUGAAGGUGAUAAAAAAACUAGAGCUUUUAACGCCGUCGAUAUUACAAUAGAUAACAAAAUUGUUACUCUUGAGUGGGUGGCCAAUCCUGUAAAUGAUAUGUAUGCCGACGCGAUUGUAGCAGCGAUACUUCAAGCGGACUUGUUGGAUACUCCUAUAAAGAAUUUAUCUACAAGCGUAAAAGUCGAUAGGAUGCAUUUUAAAGAGUGUCUAAUUGAAAUGCUUCAAGACAUGUUUGGCGAAGAUUCCGUUCCAAAAAUGUUCAAAGGCGAAAAGUUGUAUGUUACUGUGAAUGAUAAAAAGGCUGAUAUAGAUUUAUCAAACUUGGAGGUUACUUGCCCUGAAGACGAAACAUUCGGACAAAUUGUAAAAACUGCAGUUACAAAAUUGUAUCAGUCUUUAGCUCCUCCACAGAUUUAGCAGAUACAAACAUUUUGAACUUA